GCCAAUGCGGUAUCCACAUCCGACCCCGCUCCCUCGGACUGCUCUGUGAUACAAAACCAGCAUCCCCGUCCAGUACUGCGCCAUCGCCAGUGACGUUAGCCCGGUGGUUAGAAGCUAGCCCUCUGCUCAGGGCAUUAGUACCCCUGAAUCGCUUGUGCUCAAAAAAGGACGAUCUAAAGUAACAUAUUUGACCGAUUUUACCGAAAGCAAGACAUUUUACUCGUAAAGGUCGCGUAUAAUUCGCGAAGGGCGAAGGUCGAGACACCAGCCCAAACCGAGCCCAGCCCACAGUGUCAAACAUCAGACAGACGACAGCCCUGCACACAGACGCUAUGGAUCGUUCACCCACCACAGCCAGCCUGAUGGCCGCCAGCAACGUCACCAACAAGACGGACCCGCGCUCCCUCAACUCCCGGGUCUUCAUCGGCAACCUCAAUACCCUGCUGGUCACCAAGGGCGACGUCGAGGCCAUCUUCUCCAAAUACGGCAAGAUCGUGGGCUGCUCCAUCCACAAAGGCUACGCCUUUGUCCAGUUCGCCAAUGAGAGGAACGCCCGAUCUGCCGUCGACGGAGAGGACGGGAGGAUGAUUGUUGGACAAGUGCUUGACAUCAACCUGGCCGGAGAACCCAAACCACACAGGUCAAAAACAGGCAAACGCUCGGCUGGAGACAUGUACAGCAGUUCCUCAUUUGAACUCGACUAUGACUUUCAGAGAGAUUAUUAUGACCGAAUGUACUCGUACCCGUCCCGUGUGCCGGCUCCCCCUCCCCCCCCCUUGUCCCGGGCCGUGAUCCCGUCCAAGCGGCCGCGUGUCAGCCUGAGCGGAGGAAGCAGCCGGCGAACCAAGAGCAGCUUCACCUCUUCCUCCAAGAGGACUUCCUCCUCCAGAACCAUGAAAGUGGACGAGCUGCAGGCCAUCAAGCGGGAGUUGACCCAAAUCAAAAGCAAAGUGGACGACCUGCUGGAUAGCUUGGAGCGCAUGGAGAAGGACCACAGCAAGAAGUCAGAAGCUAAGAGUGUAAAAACGGAGCCAGGCGAGGUGACUUCACCUCCGCACCCAAGCAACAAGGAUGACGGGUCCAAGAGAGAGAGGGAGAGCCAGGUGAUCAACGACUCGGAGGAGGACGAAGAGGACGAGGGAGACCUGCUGGAGGAGGAGGAAGAGAUGAAGAGUCAAGAGAGGGAGGACGACAUGGACGAUGAGGAGGAGGAGGAAGGCGAACACGUGGAAGGUGACGACGAUGGCGACAGUGUCAACGGCGAAGAGGUCUUGUAGGCAUGGACCGCACCGGCCACGCAUGCAUUGUACGCACAGCUCCCAUUAGGAACUCGGACUCCUGUUUUAACUCAUGUUGUAGAUACAUAAA